CCUGUGAAAGAAAUGCAGUAGAAAUUUGGACUUCUUACCGAACAGAACACUAGUGUCGUGUCAUCGAAAAAAAACUAAAGAACUCCGACAAAAUGCGCUUUUGCAUUCUAUUCGCGCUCAUCAUUGCGAUCUACGGUGACACCGACGCCCAUAAAGCGUCCGAACAAUCGGCGGUUGCAGCUGCGAAGGCACUACCCACUGAAGAGCUGGCUAGCGCUGCUGUUGACGUGCAACCCAACAGAUUGCUGGAAGAUGUGGAUGCCGGCGGGGAACAUGCGGAAGAGGCCGAGCGUGCAGCGCGUAGUUUCGGCUGGGGCGGUUUCGGCGGCUAUGGCUACAAGCGUUGGGGUGGCUACGGCGGCUACGGGGGCCACCGAGGCUAUGGUGGUUAUGGUGGUUACGGUUACCGCCCGCACUAUGCUGUUGUUUAUCGGCAGCCUUAUUACCAUGGCUAUGGUCACAAAUAUUGGGGUUGAAUGCGGACUUGUAAAAAUAUUAGAAUGUAAUUUAAUACGUUCAUAGAAUGUACUAAGAAGAAAAAAAUAAAAUAAUUUUAAAUAACAUCCCAGUAAUGCA